CGUAAGUGUCAGAGCAGCACGAAAGUCGGGUUGAUAAUGCCCGAAAGUCCAGAUUGUAAGAAUUUAGCACUAACCGCGAAACUCGUGGAUCACGAAACUCGGAUAGCAUGAAACUCGAGAGGGUACUGUAGUUAAUUAUUUUCUAGGUUCAUGAUACCUUAAAAAUAAUGUGUCAACAUGAAGAAGAAUGUGAGAAAUGACAAAGAGAGAGAGAGAGAGAGAGAGAGAGAGAGAGAGAGAGAGAGAGAGAGAGAGAGAGAGAGAGAGAGAGAGUACUUUAAGAACUCCUGGAUCAGUGGGUGUAUGACCUCAUACAGUGGGUGAGUUGGUGCCUCUCCCUGGCAGGAGACAAGGGAACUCAAGAAAGAAGAUGGUGUCGCCUCACCACGGCUACUCUGACGCUGAGUCUGACAACACCGACUCGGAGAUGUCGGCCUCCAAGCUGCAGACCAUCAAGAGCAUCGCUGCCGAGCGCAAGCAGACAGAGAAGCGCGGGCGGGAGCUGCCUCACGCCACCCACAACUAUGACCCUGAGAAGUACAAGAAUGGAGCACAAGGCAGGCCUCUGGAGACAAAAGAUAGACACCGAUGUUCGAGUAACAGCAGCAGCAGCAGCAGCAGUGCCGAGGUCACCAAGCAGCAGGCAGCCAUCACCCUACAGAAGCACUGGCGUGGCUACAUGACGCGCAACCACAACCCCAACGCUGCGAAGAUCAGGGACGACAUACGACACUCCCGAGCUGAACAACACAUACAACACCUGACAGAGAAGUUGCGCUGCACGGAGGAGGCGCUGGAGCGUGAGCGGCGGCUGCGUCACAUGCAGCUUGAGGCGAUACGCACGCUGUGGAGGGAGAUACAGAAGUUGCAGGCCAGCAAGAGGGAUGGUGGUGGCCUGAACACACCCUCCACCCCCAUGACACCCCUCACCCCCCUCACCCCCAUGGACAACUGCCACAGGGAGGGGAAUGCACAGGGUGGGCAGGGGGCAACUGCUCCAGCUCCCUCUGCCAAGGGUAAAAAAUACUCAGAGGAGAGUGUAAAGGAGCUCACUGAGUUCUGUGCUGCUCUACAGGGUCAGGUUGGGCAGCUGCAGGACUCCCUGUCAAUGGUGACGCAAGUUAUGAAUGCGUUUUGCAACCUGCCAGGGUCACAGACCCUGCUCACCAUGUCCCAGUCCAGCGGGUCAGGCCAUGAGCGGUCCCCUGGAGGUGCAGACUCUCCCUCACAGAGUGUGGCUUCUGUGACGGUGCCUCUGAGUGAGAGUGUCACGUCGCUAACACACUCUAUCUGUGCCCUCACAACGUCUAUUGUGAAGUCGCCUUCAAACCUGAAGAAGUCAGAGGAGAGCGAGGGCGGUGAUGGUGACGGAGGCCCAGUAGUGGACGGUGAUGAUGACAACAACAGCAGCAGUGGUGGCCACUCCAGCGAUGGCUCUGAUGGUACGCCAGUUGCCUGCCAAAAACACCCGCCCCUCCACCAACACCUUCACCACCAUCACCACCAUCACCUUGCUAACUCGGUGGCUUCUGCUGAUCUCAACUCCACUGCACUGGACGUCUCCACCCUGUCUGUCGACUCUACCGAGGGUGGAGAGGCUGGAGACAUGACAGGCAGGGAUGAAGCGGAAUUGUCAGAGUCUAGUCAAUCAUCUCUCUCUGGCAGCCUCUCUGGGAGUCACUCUGGUGGUGGUGGUGGUGGUGGUGGUGGUGGUGGUGGUGGUGGUGGAGGUGGUGGAAGUGGAGGUGGUGGAAGUGGAGGUGGUGGAAGUGGUGGUGGUAGUGGUGGUGGUACGGCUCCCCCAAGACCAUCCUCCCUCCCGGUGGCUCGCCUCAAGACACACCGCGCACAGCUGCCUCUUGACCUCUAG